ACCUCCUCUCCACCCCUUCUAUCUAUCGCUGCUGCCAGCCUCCAGAAAAGAGCGUAGGCUAUCCGUUAGCAGUUCUGGUAUAGAGACGGUAAGGUAUAUACUGAGCAUUCACGGUGGAUUUCCCUGUCCAGGACCACUACUGAGCGACAGAGCCGACCAUGGAAGAACUUACGGCAUUCGUGUCGAAAUCUUUCGAUCAGAAAACCAAGGAGAGCAGCAAAGAGAGUAUCACGUACAGGGAAGUUUUGGAGAGCGGCUUGACAAGGGCGAGGGAGCUGGGCAGCCCGGAGACAAACCUGCAGGACAUUACGGAGGGCAGCCACUGCCCGGUGCAUCUGUUCAAGGACCACGUCGAGCAUGAAAAGGAGAAACUGAAGGACUUUAAUGUUUCGAGGCAGAGCGAAAAGCUGCCUUGGAUUUACGAGUGUAAGGAGAAAAAGGAGGACGUGAAGUCGGAGGACGAAGACGCACAGAGCAAACUGAAGCAGCGGAGGAGUCGCACUAACUUCACCUUGGAGCAACUGAACGAGCUGGAGCGGCUCUUCGACGAGACGCACUACCCGGACGCGUUCAUGAGAGAGGAGCUGAGCCAGCGGCUGGGACUGUCCGAGGCCAGAGUCCAGGUGUGGUUUCAGAACAGAAGAGCAAAAUGUCGAAAACAAGAAAACCAAAUGCACAAAGGUGUUAUCCUGGGCGGAGGCAGUCACCUCGACGCAUGCAGAGUAGCACCCUACGUCAAUAUGGGUGCCCUCCGGAUGCCCUUCCAACAGGUCCAAGCCCAGCUCCAGUUGGACGGAGUCGCUCACUCUCACCCCCACCUGCACCCUCACCUGGCUGCUCACGCUCCCUACCUGAUGUUCCCACCUCCUCCGUUCGGACUACCAAUCGCAUCGCUCGCCGACUCGGCCUCUGCAGCAGCGGCGGUGGCAGCAGCUGCCAAAAGCAACAGCAAGAACUCGAGCAUCGCCGACCUGCGACUCAAGGCAAGAAAACACGCCGAAGCUCUGGGACUCUGACCCCUGCGGGCUGCCCCUCCGCUCGCCUGAUGCCCAUAAUCGCCUCUCACACAAGACUGAGCCUGUGAAAGGGCCGUGACACUCACAGCUAAAACUAAACUAAACAAAAACACUAAGUGAGAAUGAAAGAGAGGAACACAUACAAAGAGGGGGAGAGAGAGUGUAUGUGAGAGAGAAAGGGGGAGAACAGUGGAGGAGGAAAAUAAAAAAGGAGGAGGGAGCGAGAAAAUUGUCACAAAACCAGCUGCCAAAACAAACCACUUGUAGAGAACGGUAAUUAAAUACCAAUGAAAUCACCUUUUACUUUUCGCCCCAACAGGCAGGACUUCUGCGGGGCCAGUGGCUCAGUCCACUCCAGGCACAGAUCACAUCCCAAGGACCGUACAAACACAUGUGGAUGUCUGUCUGAGUGCCGGGCCGGGGCCCGUCAGACCAGAAGACGUUAGAACAAAGCUAACUAGC